AUGUGAGGAACCUUUUUCGGAAUUCCAAAGUUUACAACGAAGAUCUAGAAUUACUCUGCAAUAUAUUAUAUCCUGUUUCAUUUUGAAGCAUGGCAUCAGGUGGAAGACCAGAAAGACAAGCUCCUCCUGAAAUAUUUUACAAUGAGGAUGAAGCAAAGAAAUAUUCUUCAAAUACACGUAUGAUAGAAAUACAGAGCCAGUUGUCAGAGAGAGCCUUGGAGAUACUGCAGCUUCCCGAUGAGCCCUGUUUUAUUCUAGACAUUGGGUGUGGGUCAGGUUUGAGUGGUGAGACAGUAACAGAACAAGGUCAUUAUUGGGUCGGCAUUGACAUCAGUUCUCACAUGCUAGGUGUCGCUGUCGACCGGGAGGUAGAGGGGGACCUGAUAGAGGGAGACAUGGGGUAUGGAAUCCCCUUUAGACCUGGAACUUUUGAUGGUGUCAUCAGUAUAUCAGCUUUACAGUGGUUGUGUAAUGCUGACAAAAAAUACCAUCAUCCACCAAAAAGAUUACUCAAAUUUUUCACUACACUGUAUGCUGCAGUAACUAGAGGUGGUAAAGCAGUAUUUCAACUUUAUCCUGAAAACAGUUCUCAGCUGGAACUGAUCACACAACAGGCCAUGAAGGCUGGCUGGACAGGAGGGUUGGUGGUAGACUACCCCAACAGCACCAAGGCAAAAAAGAUGUUCCUGUGUCUGUUUGCUGGGGGCCAGCCUCAACAGUUACCCAAAGGACUGGGAGAGGGAAACUCAGUGUCCAGUCAUGCCUCAUUCACAGACAAAAGGGAGAGACUGAAGAACAUGAGAGGGAAAAACCCCAAGACCAACAGAGACUGGAUUCUGUCAAAGAAAGAGAGAAGACGCAGACAGGGAAAGGAAGUACGUGGAGAUUCAAAGUACACAGGAAGAAAGAGAAAAGAUCGGUUUUAGCAGUUAUGAGUUUAUAUUUUAAUGACUUAAGAAAGAUCCUUCUACUGUUUAAAAUGCUUUUACUUACACCAGUUCAAUAGAAAAGAAAGGAAACAUUUCUAAGUGAUGAAGGAAAAAAAGAAACUGUGAAGUGCAUGUACCUGUAUGUGCUUUUUUGUUAAGUUUUCAAAAUAAAAUCAAUAAUUUAUUUAA